CUAAUAAGAGCACUACUGAUACAAAAUAAAAAAGGUGAAAACAAUUGUAAUAAAAAUACCACUAGUUAUAUGCGAGGUAGAACUAAACUUAAUAAACAUUGAACAAUAGUUAGAGCAUGUGGAUAAAAUGAGCUGUGGGAGGAUGAUGUUGUAUGAAAAUGGUGCAGCAGGUGGCAGUGUGUGUUUUAUUCGAAGACGAAAAAGCCAAAGAAGAAGAAGAAGGAAACGCGAAUGCAACAAUGUGCUUGUGACGCUCUAAGAGUAAACAACACAACCUUUAUAGAAGAUAUUUAGCGAUUAAUACGCAGUGAAAGUAGGUAUCCAGGUUAAGAUGAAACGUGUGUUUAACUGGAUUGAUUAUGUUAAAUGUGUGUGUGUGUGUGUGUGUGUGUGUGUGUUGUUAUGGUGGAGAAUUCUCCUUCUCCUUUACCAGAGAGAGCCAUCUAUGGCUUUGUGCUGUUUCUGGCCUCUCAGUUUGGAUUCUUGCUGUAUUUAGUGUGGGCUUUUGUUCCUGAGGUUUGGCUUCAUUCAGUUGGAUUGACGUACUGGCCUCAGAAAUAUUGGGCUCUGGCCGCUCCCAUAUACCUGCUGGUCACCAUGGCAACAUGUGUUGUGCUGUUGUUUGGGGUGAACUUUAUGAACACGGCUGCACUGGGAUCAGUGGAUAACAUCACAGACCACUAUGCUCAGAGUCAGCGUGUGGAGGAGCAUCAAGAAGGAGCCGUUCCCAGACUCGGAGACAUCUCCAUCAGCGAAUUAAAUCGCGUGUUUUACCUCCAUCAUGACGAGUCAUAACAAGACGCCUGUGUUGUUUGAUCAUGUCUAGUGUUCUUGCUGUGGCCCGGCCGCGCUGCUUGCGCUAUGUGGCGGCUCCUGAAGACGUGUGGCGUUUGCUCAGGGUUUACAAGAUCGCAUCCAUCAGCUGCCCGUGACAGGCCUGACAUUUGACUUUCAGAUGAACCUUCGUGUUGAAUUGGGAGUGUACGAGCCCUCACUGUGAAAGAGAGGCCGUGCGUCGCUGAGUGACAGUAAAGCGCUAGUGAAUCUUUAUCAAUAACAUACGCUUGCACACGUUCAUACAAAACAACAUAUAAAACAGUACAGACAUGAAAUACAAAUAAUAUGAAUAAUUUUUAUAGGCUGCUCUCUAUCUCAACCCCUGUGUGUGAGAUGUAAGCGUAUUAACAGAGGCUCUGAUUUGUGCCUAAUACGUAAGUGAGGGUUCGGGUUUUUUCAAAUCCAGAAUUUGUCAUGAAACAGGAUCUGAUUUUACGGUGAAAAUGGUGUGAGGUGAGACUGUGACCCCUGUGUCCAUAGACUAGAAGUGAAACGGUCAUCUCACUAUCUGCCUAUCUUUCACUAUCUGCUCUUCAAUCCAUCUGCAGAAUCAACCUGCUUGUGCUUGCCCGAGCCGCCCCGCGUCUCUACCUGCAGACAGGUGAAGGAGCUCUAGAUAACCCUCAUGAUGAGUAAAUAGAUUACUGGUGUCGGGUGGCCAGUCACCAUUUAACCUGUGACCCCGCGACCUCACCCUCAUGCCCUGCGUUUGUGUUCAAGAAUUAAGAUCUGCUGCUUUAUUCUUUUUCUUUCAAUAUGGUGCCGCUCGCACGCCACUCACUUUAAAACACUAAUACAAAAUGAAUUAUUAGUCUUGGACAUUUUACCUGUACUUGUUUUUAUUACUUCAUUCAUUUCUUGUAUAAUUUAAACAGCAAAGUGGUUUUUCCAAGAAGAAUUCUGGAAGGAAUAUUCAUUUACAUUAUUUCACUGUAUGUAUUAAUCUAUAAA